UCUACAGCUGAUCCAGCAGAGCAUGGACUAGAGACGUCGGAGGGCUACGCAGACGCUCGUUGAACUCACGGGUACUGCUCUGGUAGUAGAUUUGGCCAGAGAGGCUGAAAGCGGUGUCUAGUGGUUAAUCUUUGAUUAACAAACAAUCAAACUUUACUCGGUGUGGCGGCAGUUGGCACCGCUAUGCUGAGACUGGGUGAGAUAUGGGACAUGGGGUGUCUCAUCCUGCAAAAGGGAUUUUACAGGCAUGCUGGGAACAUGAGCGAAGACAGAACACAAGCUUUGGUCUAGUAGGUGGCGGUAAUGCAACAUUUAUUGGAUACCAACUGCCGUUAAACCUCAUCAAAGAAAAGAAGGCUGAUCCAUCAUGGCGGCGGUUAAGAGACUCAAACGCGUGGCAGCGUUGCAGCCAGGAUUCAUAUCUUUUAAAUCGUCGGCCGAAUCAGAUGACUUGAACAGUGGCCGGAGGAAGCGUGUGAAUAAGAAUAAGAAAAAGAAUUGGAACAAACACAGUGAUAUUCAAGAUGUUGAAGAGUUUUUGGAUGACGUGAGACUUCAGGAAAGAGCUACAGGAGGACUGAUAUCCGAGAAGCCAGAUGAUAGCCUGUUCUUUGUGGACAUCGGAGAGCAGAAAAAAAGUGUCCUGCCAGAAGUCCAAGAGAGAAAGAAGGGGAAGAAGUCAAAGUCACGGCCCCUGAGGAUAGACCUGAUCCUGCAGCAUGACUCCCUUGUCCCUCCGCCUAAAGAUGUUUUGGCCUACCAGCAACCAAACGCAAAGAAACUCCGCCGCAUUGCAGAGAAUGCCGAGAAAUUGGCGGCCAUGGGUGUGUUGCCACGGAGACAGAAACGGCUCUUGAACCGCAGACCGGCAACUAAAACGUCAAAGGCAAAGACGGCAGCCAACAACUUCCCAGACAGACCCUAUUAUGACUUGUGGGGAGGAGAGGCCAAAGAGACCGCAGAUCCUUACUACCUUGAGCAAACGGGGAAACGGCGUGUGAAGCGACCAGAGAAGCUCAACGCAAAGCCCUCUAUUCUCCCGGCAGUGGAGGUCAUAGCCCCUGGAGGCUCCUAUAACCCAGACUUCUUCUCCCAUCAGGCCUUGUUACUAGAGGCCCAUGAGGUGGAGGUGACGAGGGAGAGAGCGGAGCUGAGAAUAGAGAGACAGCUGGCUGUCAAACGAGAGGAUACUGCCACUGAGGAGACAGUCUUCCAGGAACUAGUGGAAGGGUUAGUGGAGGAGGAAGAGGAGGAGGAGGAUGAUGUUGUUUCUAUUCGUGGUGGCUUGCAGCAGGAGAAAAAGACAGAGAAAGAAAGGAAGAGAGAGCGAGCCGACAAGAUAAAGUCACAACAGAAGCAGGCGGCAAGGGUGUUCACUGACAAGAAGCAGCAGCUCUUCCAGCUGCGCUCCAUCCAGGCGACCCUGAAGAGGCGGGAGCAGCGGACCAGAGAGAGGGUGGCCCAGCGGAAGGCCAACCAGGAGGCAGAGAAGUCCAUGCCCCGACGUCUCGGCAGACUCAAGUUCCAGGCUCAGGAUCUAGAGAUCCAGCUGAGUGAUGAGAUUCCUGGAUCCCUGCGGACACUCAAGCCAGAGGGCAGUGUCCUCAAGGACCGCUUCAAGAGUAUGCAAAAGAGGAACAUGAUUGAGCCCAGAGAACGAGCCAAGUUCAAGAGGAGACACAAGGUGAAGUAUGUUGAGAAGAGGGCCUUCAGGGAGAUCACCUAGAGACCAAACAACCAACCUAUGGAACUGUUCAGGACUGUGAUGUCACUCACAACACAGCCUCACCCACCGCCACUGGGCGACAGCCAGCCAAAGAGCUACUAUUUGCCCCCUCAAAUGUCUCCAAUCAACUCAGCCCAUUUUAAGUCAGUGAUGGAUUUGCCACCCUUUUAAAUCUGUGUUGUUGGAAAAUGUUGAAGAUCCAAGUCACCACGAUUUGGAACAUUAUUUGCUGUGCAUUGUUAUUUUCACGCACCAGCCCAAUCCAGAUGGCGCCCGUCAGAUUCAGGGUCAGUUCUAAUGCAUUUGGAUAUUUAAAUACACUGAUUCUGGGUCUGUCGGCAUCAGUUGGGAAUGUUAAAGGCUUCAGAAAGGGGGCUCUCUCCUGUCCCUCUCUCCCAGUUGGUGAUCUUGUCUUUUGUUCUUGCAAAACCAAGAUUAAUGCCCUCAUUAGGAGUGGAUUCCUGAGUGAAUAACAAGGCUGUUAAUGGAAGAAAAACGUUUAAAGCCACUUGUCAACAUGUGGACUUGGGUACAUUCUUUCAGUUAUAUCUGUUGUGUACAAAAUCACUUGAUUUGCUGUAAUCUGACUUGAUUUCAUUAAAGCAAGUUAAUUAAUGAAAUUGUUUUUAUUUUUACUCUGAUUAUGCUAUUUAAAUCUGUUUGUGCUUCUCAAUAAAUAAGUCAUGCAUUA